AUGGUGGCCGGUCCCGCCAGAGGGGCGGGGCGCGGCUGCGCGGCGCGCGGUCGCCAUGGUGACGCACGCCGCGGCCGCGAGGACCUUUUGUGAGUCGCUCUCGGCUCCGCGGCCGCGGAGGUGUGGGGACCCGGGCUUGCGCCGGAGGGGGCGGUGGGCUCACCCAUGGGCCUUUCCAAAAGCAAAGAGAAACCCAGGAAAGGUGAGGAGCAAAAGAAGGGAUCCACCUAUUCAGUUCCAAAAUCUAAGGAGAAGUUGAUGGAGAAGCAUUCCCAGGAAGCCAGGCAGGCAGACAGGGAGUCGGAGAAGCCUGUGGACAGCCUCCACCCGGGGGCCGGGACAGCCAAGCACCCGCCGCCGGCAGCUUCGCUGGAAGAGAAACCUGAUGUAAAGCAAAAGUCCAGCAGGAAGAAAGUGGUCGUUCCACAGAUCAUCAUCACGCGAGCGUCGAAUGAGACGCUAGUCAGUUGCAGUUCCGGCGGGAGUGACCAGCAGAGAACCAUUCGGGAGCCGGAGGACUGGGGCCCCUACCGGCGGCACAGGAACCCCAGUACAGCAGAUGCCUAUAAUUCACAUCUCAAAGAAUAAACAAGCACCUUUGCAUGGCACUUGCUACUCCCUGCGAUAGGCGUCUCAGGAACAGCCGCCUCACCCUGUGAGAAGCCGAGGCCCCUUCUCCAGUGCUCUCGGGGAGGGUGCCCCAGGCCCGCCCCACCCUGUGAGAAACUGCAGCCCCCUUCUCCAAUGCUCUCGGGGAGGGUGCACCAGGGCUGCCCCACCCUGUGAGAAUCCGCCGCCCCCUUCUCCAGUGCUCUCGGGGAGGGUGCACCAGGGCUGCCCCACCCUGUAAGAAGCCGUGGCCCCCUUCUCCAGUGCUCUCAGGGAGGGUGCACCAGGCCUGCCCCCGCCGUGAGAAACUGCAGCCCCCUUCUCCAGUGCUCUCGGGGAGGGUGCACCAGGCCUGCCCCACCCUGUGAGAAGCCAUGGCCCCUUCUCCAGUGCUUUUGGGGAGGGUGCACCAGGGCCACCCCACCCUGUGAGAAGCCGUGGCCCCCUUCUCCAGUGCUUUCGGGGAGGGUACACCAGGCCCGCCCCACCCUGUGAGAAGCCGUGGCCCCCUUCUCCAGUGCUCUCAGGGAGGGUGCACCAGGCCUGCCCCUGCCUUGAGAAACUGCAGCCCCCUUCUCCAGUGCUCUGGGGGAGGGUGCACCAGGCCUGCCCACCCUGUGAGAAACUGCAGCCCCCUUCUCCAGUGCUCUCGGGGAGGGUGCACCAGGCCCGCCCCACCCUGUGAGAAGCUGCAGCCCGUUCUCCGUUGCCAUUUGGUCAUGCCUUCCCCAGAGCUGCUAGCAGCUCGGUCGAGGCAAGUGACUGGCUCAGAGAGUGAGCUUUGUGGUAUUGAUAAAUGAAUAAAUUAGUAUGUUCAUGUUGGAA